UUUGGGGAGGUGAAAAGCUGACCGGCCAGGGACGCAGCACAGACUCAGGGAGCUGACAUUGCCACCCGGAGCCUUUCUCAAGCGGGGGUUUUAUUUUAAAGGCAAAACUCCCAAGAACCUGGUGGUUGAGUCUGGCGGCGCGCAGGUGCCCAUGCCAUGGUCAGACACACAGAAAAUCUCCCCACACGUCCCGCGGGGGUCCUCUUCCCGUAAGUCUCCCCAAAUCGAGGAAGUCCUUUCACGCCGCAAAGUUCUCCGGGGCCUUCUAGAAUCUCCCCGGCCUCCACGGCUGCUUGGUUACCACACUGGCCCGGGCGGGGACCCACCACAGCAGCCCCUCGAGGCCCAGGCUGGAGGCCUCGGCUGGGUACCGCUGACUGGGGGCCACGUCGACCGAAUAGUCGAAAGGGCAGACUCCCGGGGCGCCGAGACCACCGGGUGCCCGCCCCAGCGUCCCCCGACUCCGCGCAGAGGUCGUGCAGGGAGAGGCUCGGCAGUCCCGCCAGGGGGCGCGCUCCGGGCCCGGCUCAGCCAUGGGACGGGCGCGCCGCGAGCGCUCCCGGAGCCGCGCGUCCCCGCCCCGCGGCCGCCGCCCCCGCGCACCGGGACUACAUUUCCCAUAGCCCCGCGCGGCUGCGAGCGCGCUCCCGCGAGCAAGAGGCUCCGAGGCUUCCGGUGUCCGUGCCCGCGGCCCCCGCCCGCCCAGCCACAGUGCCUUUGA